AAAAAAUUAAAAAAGAAAUAGAACGUAAAAAACAAAAAUUAUUAGAAGGUCAAAAGGAACCUAAAGAAAUUGUUAUCGAACUUAUAAGUGAAGAAAUUAUUGAUGAUAACAUAAAUGAAUAA